GUCCGUACGGAGUAAAGCCGCAAGGGCUGCAAAUUCGGGGUCGCCGGGGAUAUUUGACCCGCAAGGAGCGGGGGGUGACGAAGUGACAAUAACAGCCCGAUGGCCUCUUCAUUUCGGCAUGGCGAAUAUCCACCUUGCGCUCCAGAGCAUCGCGACUCCGAGAGCUGUCUGCCAGCCUUCAAGAGAGGCAGACAGGCCGUCGACACGGAGUGCUCUCCGUCCGUCGGCAUCGGGUGGAGGUCUCGUCUGUGGAUCGUCGGGGAGAUUGCCUAGAUCAUUC